GGCCAGUCCUUCGCCAAUUGGAGGCAUGGAAACACGUCGCUGAGAACGAACUAAAACGAAUAAAUUUAAAUCGCAAAAUGCGAACCUUAAUUCGUAAAUUAAAAAAAUGGAUUUGAAGAUAGUGUGUUUGUGUGUUCUAAUUUUAAGUUUUGAUUUAGUGUGUGGCCAGUACUCGUCGUCGCCGUGUCCUGGCAUAUUUGACUUUGAAAAUGAUGGACGUCAUGUGUAUGGGAAAAUCGUUUUGCGGCCAAGCUCGCCGGUGUCUUCCUUAGUGCUAAGAAUUAAUUUUACUGUUGCAGCUCAACUAUUUAGUAAUUAUGUAGGCCGUUUAGAAGCACAAGACAGCAACCACCUGCUACAGAGGUACAAUAGGGGGCAGCCUGUCAGCUACAUCGUGCACUUCCCCAUCACCUCCCCGCUGCCGAAACUGACAGCUCUCACUGUCAACGGCGACACUGUUUGUUAUGGACAAGGAGAUGUACCGAGACCAAACACGUACGUGACGACGCUAAGUCUCCAGCACACAUCGUUCCUCCAAGGAGGUGGUCCAAUAUACAACAGUAUUCAGCCACAAUAUCAAAGGCCGCAGACACGUCCACCACCACCGCCACCACAGCCGACGGUAGACCAGAUAUACUUCGGAGACGAUGACGCCACUGCACAUAUUUAUACGUUCAACAAUGUUGAGCCAUCGUGGAAUAACAACAACUCCCCGUACUACGUGGUGAACAACACCCGUCCCUUCACACAAGCCACGCAACAGUACCAGCCCCCCACCCAGCAGGUCUUCCAGUCCAACCCAAUCUAUGAAUAUGACCAGAAUGGACCACUGCAGGUGACUUCAAGAAAGCCUGUAACUUACAGGCCUAACCCGCCUGUUUACGAGCCGAUCACGAAGAGGCCAACCUACACACCUCCUCCGACAAGCCCUAACCGCAAUGAGUUCUAUUAUCCUACUCCUGAACCGACACGACCAGCGAUAACCAGUGACGAACGGUACAACAUUCAAACUACAGCUGACAUGUGCGGUGAGGUCGCGGGAGGUAAUGAGAGGGUCCCUCUCAUCUACAAUGGAAGGUCUUACGCUAGAGGAGACAUUCCUUGGCUUGUGGCCAUCUACAAGAGUGAAGCAGCUAAUCUGCAGUUUAUCUGCGGAGGAACCUUGGUUUCUGAUCGGCAUAUUGUUACAGCUGCCCACUGCAUGCAGCGUCGAGGCGUGCAGACGAACAUUAAGGACAUUGUGGUGAAGAUCGGAGUCCACAAUCUGAAUGACUGGAGUGAUGAUAUUACGGUUACCAGGUCGUUGAGUGCGGCUUCCAUUCACGAAUCUUUCAAUCCAGCGACACUACAAAAUGACAUACUGAUGUUCACCCUGAACAAACGAGUUAAGUUCAACACGUACAUACGCCCGGCGUGUCUGUGGGGUGAUGAUACAGACCAGUCCCGCAUUGUCGGCGCUUCUGGAGUAGUAGCCGGAUGGGGAGACCAAGGUGUCGGAGGUAUAGGGAAGCAGGGUGAGCCUCACAUGGUGCGCAUCCCCAUCGUCAGUACCACCGACUGCAGAGCCAGUAAACCUCACUUCCACAAGCUUACUUACGACAGCACGCUCUGUGCAGGUGAUCGUAAUGGCGCUGGGCCUUGUGUAGGAGAUUCUGGAGGAGGAUUGUACCUCCUUGAGGGAGGCAAGUGGAGGCUCAGGGGAGUGGUCUCCGUGUCACUCCGAGCUGAGAACGGCGACAAUACUUGUAACCUUAACGAGUAUAUCAUCUUCACAGAUACAGCGAAAUACUUGAGCUGGAUCAGGCGCAUUUUGUCAGAAAAAUAUUACGAUUAAAGUUUAUAAUAUUGAUUUAUUUAAGACUGGAAUCUUUUUGGAAAAAGAAGCCUGGGAACAUUUUGUUUACAGUUUCAAAUAAGUUACAUAAUUUUAGUUCAAAAUAUGGCAACAUUGUUAUUGUUUAUUUCACAUGGACUUGAGUGACCUGUCAUACCAAACUCAAAAGUUGUGGGACUUCUAUCAAAAGAUUUUGUAUUCUAAAUACUCAAAAAUAGUUGUGAGUAAUAGAUAUAUUGGAGUUCCCGAGUCUAAUAUAAACAAUACAAUAAAUUUUGUACCUUUCCCCUGUUUUAUCAUAAAAGUUAAAACGUAAAAGAAUAAAGUACCUAAAAAUUCAUAAAUCAAUUUAGAUAUUAAUAUAAUUUAGUUUUAUGGAAGUAUUUUUAUAUAAUUGAAAUUUUGUAGACGAAACGACGUUCAAAAAUGUGCAUUUUUUAUAACGAUUUUUUAUUUAAUUUUUAGUCUUGCCAUAGCCCAUUGGUAAUAUCAUAUUGUUUUUAAAGAUGCAUAAAGACAUUUUGAAAGCAUUUUGCAAGUACAACGGCAAUAUUAAAAUAGUCAUAUUUAUUAUUAUAUUCAAUUUUCUAGGAAAAUGUAAUUAUAGGCCUUUACUAGACAAUAAGUUGAAUGUAAUGUCUGACUCGCCAUUAAAUAAAUUAUAUUAUU